AUGGCACCGAAUUCAGAAACGGAAUGCAAAUUGGAGAACUUACCCUCUAGAAAAAUAUACAACAAAUUUAAGGGGAAUGGUCACGCCAAUUAUACAUGUCCGAACAUCAGUUCUUGGACAAAUGAAAUAGAGAAUAUUCUAGAUGGUAAAAUAACAAAUAAUUACCAACACGAAGUCGUUCCAUAUUCUCAACAAAUUGCCAAGACUUUGUGCCUCCUAACUAAGGUGAACGAUAAAAGGACGGUGGGAGCACCUUGUGAGAAGGUGUUGUGUGACUUUUUCUAUUUUUGGUUAAGUGAUCUGCUACAUGGAAAAUUGAGGGGGGUUAUUACAGUACGUCAAGGUGGUAGCCAACACAUCUCACAGAAGGUGGUUAUCAGACAAAUAUUCGAGACAUUGAAUGGAUUGCCCAGCAACCUGUGUGCGAGCAGAUUUAUGCAUAACAAUAUAGAAGCAGAUUUUAAUGCCCAGCGUAGAAAAAUAUUGGAUUAUUACUACGAUCAUAGAACAAUAUGGAACAACAUAAAAAAUAACCAAUCCGCCGGGUCCAGCUGCGCUGUUGCAUAUACGCAAUAUCUGAGUGAUGCACAAAGUGCUUAUGGUCAAUUAUCUGCAACCACUGAAGAUCCUAAUGAUCAUUUCUUGACAAACUUCUGGAAGAAGAACUUCAAGGACCAGAGCAAAAUCCCCAAACCAGAGAAUCUGCAGUCUGAAGCAACCAAGAGGAAUCCUCCAGCUCUAUCAGGCGAGGAAGACAGCGAAAUUGAGAACCUCCUUUCCUGCUUAGCACAGUUGUCCUCAGUAGCUGCUACAUUACCAUCGAACGAGGACUCGCAGGUGCAAGCAUCACAUAAACAGGAUUCCACUCAUGAUAGGAGUUCUACAAGUUCCCAACAUCAAUCUUUCCUUUUUAAUAACUUCUUUUCUGAUGAUACAAAUAUCGUUACUUUAUCUUCUGUUAUGGCAGCAGGAGCUAUAUUUCCAUUAAUUGGUUCUCUUCUAUAUAAAUAUGAUCUUUUACCAUCUGGAAUACGUAAAUUCUUCUUUAGUGGCAGAAGUGGAACCAGAAUGAGAAGAACAACAUUCGAACCGAAUUCUGGCACGGAAAUGGAAAAUUUCACUGAAUAUUACACAGAAAACGGCUCAACAACAACAGAUCCAACAGAAUAUUCCACAGUAGCAGGUUCAUCAUCAAAUUUAACAACAACUUCAACAGAGGACAGUUCUAUUUUAUAUAAUGAAGAUGGACCAUCGCGAUCACCAUCACCACGACCAUUACCGAGAAAAAAAAGGGGAAGAGGAAAUAAUAGAAGGGGCCAAAAUAUUAGUUAUCAUAGUAUGGAAGGUUGA